AUGCGUUUAUACGGUAUUUUACUGUUAUUGGCCACGGUGGGCGUUGCGACCUACGUAAAGAAGGAUUCAAGCUUUGUGGCGGAUGCAAAGGCUAGACAAGGCAACUGCGGGAAAUUGCUUCAAGGAGGAGCGAAGAGUAAGGGCGAGGUGAAGGGGCCGGACAACUGUGAUUGCGAUGGGAAAGAUAAGGACGAUGUGGUUGGAAGUGGGUCAGGUAGGGCAAUGAUAUUUUUUUUGAUUUGGUCUGAAGAGAGAGCCUAACGAGAGCCUAACGUAGAGGCACUUGACGAAAAAGCCACCUGUGCAAUGAGGGCACCGCACGUCAAACUGAGGUAUGCUAAAACGGUCAUGUUCAUAGAUUGGCAAAAAAGACGCAAAAAAAACCUUUUGUCGAUGAAGAAAUGGGGAGUUUUUGGGGCGAGAGAGUAGGUUUUUACACGUUUUUUCUCUGCCUUCUCUGUGAAAUCAAGGCGAAGUGUAAAAAACCGAUACCGAAGGGUCUAUUCCGGUCGCCGGACUCUUCAGUUGACGUGCGCCGGUAAAAAUUAAAUGAUACGGGGGACCAAGGCAGAUUUUCAGAGUGAUUUUUAUGGCUGAUUUUUUUGGUUUGCCAAAAAGAUCAUAUAUGGUAAGAGAGGAAAAAGGCGGAUUGUUUCAGAAUGAUCACAAUCCGCCUUGGUCCCCCUUACCAUUUCAUUUUUUUCUCAAGGUGCCCUCUUCACCCAGGUGGCUUCUUCGCCCAGGUGCUCUCUUUGGAUUCAACCGAUAUGUUCCCAAAAUAUCUCAUAUUACAGUAUAUCCCUACACAAGGUAUACUGCAAGAUGAGCUAUGCAAAAUACGGAAAGGCUUGUUUAUUAUCUUCGUUUCAAUUUUCAGGUUCCGGUUCAGGCUCCGGCGAUUACGGUUCCGGCUGCUGCUCCGACGAAAGCUACAGUGAUAAGUACGGCGAGGCCGAUCUCUGUGUUCUCUUCAAGCUUCUCAUCAAAGUCACUCCAGACCUUCCCGGACACGACACUCAAGUGGCGUGGGUGAAACUUAUCGACCAACUUCAAGAAGAUGUCAUCUUCGACUCGGUCUUGUCCGAUGAGGAAAAAUUGGUCAAAAUACAAGGCGAGAUUGAUAUUUUCAUAGAGAAAUACGCCGAAACAAAGGUCAUCAUCAACUACAUCUACGUCGACGAAUGGGAGGGGUACGUCGCGGAUCUGGAGGAGCUGACGGUAGAUGUUCAAUACACAGUAACUGAUGUCGUAAUCGAGCUGGAUGGCAAUGAUGACUGCCCAUUAUUUGAGGCGCUGAGAAAUGCCAGCAAGGGGAAUUCUGAGCUGGAGGGAAAAGUGGAGACACUGAUAAAAUCGUUGACUGCGACGCUAAAGAAAUCAGAGUCCAGCUCAUCGAAGCUGGUCGAAGUUUACUCCCAACUUGACGAUUUCUUCAAGGCUAAUACGGCGGACAAGGCGACCAUUUUGGCGGGAGAGAUCGAGGAAUACGGGACGAUUUCUGUGUUCUGUAGUGUUGCGAGUUAUGUAAGUUAGCCGCAAAAAAAUUAACGAAACAUUAGGGCCAUACGACUGUAGAGGGUGGCCAAAAAUUUUAAAGCAACGACCAUCUCUUUUCAGUACUGGCGGAUUUCCAAUUACUCCAAGGUCAUCGGCGGAGAUGCAAGCUCUUGCCCACUUAUCACCCAGCUAACCCAAGCCUACCAACAGGAGUCCACUGGAAGUAAGAGCCAGCGGGCGCAAAUCAAACAACUUGCUCAAAAACUCACCUCCGAGUUUGAUCAGUCAACCGCCAUCAAAGAUCGCGUCAGCAUCCUCAAGCAGGAGCUGUACCAGUUCUUGAUUCUGGAAGAGUGGUCGUUGAAGGUGGUGUUCAGCCUGGAGUUGAGUGAGUACGGAUCGAUUGGGCAGCUGAUCGCGGCGACUGCUUUUGUAAGUCUUCGAGAACGUAUAGGGCUUCGCAAAACAGAGAAUUGAAUGAGUUUGAGGGGAGUUUUAUGCAUCGCCAAGAUUGAACGCCUUGCAAAAAGCCUUUAAUUUCCAGGAAGAAGAAGCCAAUGUUUCCUUUGACUCCGCCGGCGAUUGCAGUACGGCCACCAAGCUUACCACAACCGGCACUAACUCAAACACCUCGCUGACAAUCUCGCUACAAUCUGCUGUCUCCACAUGGAGCAUAAGUGAACAAUCGAGAUUUGUGGGCUACUUCAAACGAAUCAUCAAAGUCCAACAAGACUACACUGGGCAGGACUGUAUCAACGAAGUUGUGAAAGUCUUCAACAACUGGACAAAGGACGCGACGGCGAAACAAAAGGUCUAUGAUAUUGAUGUCUACAACUGCGAAAACAACAAGCAGACCUCCAAAUGGGGAAAGGUUCAGCAGUUCUGCAGCUGCGCAAAGUAA